AUGGCUCUCGCGCGGACCCUGCCGCUCCCGCAGCUCGCCUCGGCCGCGCCCUGCCGCCGCCCCAGCCGCUGCCGCCUCCUCCGCGCAAUGGCGCAGCCGCAGGCGCGAGGGGCCGCCGCCGCGACGACGACGCCGGCGGCCGUCGCGGCGGUCGGCGUCGGGAAGGAGCUGCCCGAGGGGUACGAGCAGAUGACGCCCGUCGUGGACGAGGCCCAGCGGCGCCGCGCCGGGGUGCUGCUGCACCCGACCUCGCUCCGCGGCCCGCAUGGCAUCGGCGACCUGGGUGACGAGACGCUCGCGUUCCUCUCCUGGCUCCGCGACGCCGGCUGCACGCUCUGGCAGGUUCUCCCACUUGUUCCUCCGGGAAGGAAAUCCGGGGAGGAUGGUUCUCCUUAUUCUGGACAGGAUGCCAACUCUGGUAAUACCCUAUUGAUUUCUCUUGAAGAGCUUGUAAAAGAUGGGCUGUUGAUGGAGGAUGAACUUCCUGAUCCCUUGGAUUUGGAAUAUGUGGAAUUUGACACAGUUGCUAAUCUGAAAGAACCUCUUAUUGCCAAGGCAGCAGAGAGGCUCCUACUGUGCCCUGGAGAACUAAGAGUGCAGUAUGAGGAAUUCAAGAAAAAUCCAGAUAUUUCAGGCUGGCUUGAAGAUGCUGCACUUUUCGCCGCUAUCGACAAUAGUAUCGAUGCAGUGUCAUGGUAUGAGUGGCCUGAACCUCUGAAAAAUCGCCAUCCUGGAGCACUGAAAGAUAUAUAUGAAAAGCAGAAGGACUUUAUUGAGAUAUUCAUGGCACAGCAGUUCUUAUUUCAAAAGCAAUGGCAACGGGUUCGUUCACAUGCACAGAAGCUGGGCAUCAGCAUAAUGGGUGACAUGCCGAUAUAUGUUGGCUACCAUAGUGCUGAUGUUUGGGCAAACAGAAAAUCAUUUUUGCUGGACAAAAAAGGUUUCCCCACAUUUGUUAGUGGUGUUCCACCUGAUGCAUUCAGUGAGACUGGUCAGCUAUGGAACAGUCCAUUGUAUGACUGGAAAUCUAUGGAGGCAGAUGGCUUUGCAUGGUGGGUAAAGAGGAUUAAACGUGCCCUUGAUUUGUACGAUGAGUUCCGUAUAGACCAUUUCCGGGGGCUUGCUGGUUUUUGGGCAGUUCCUUCUGGAGCAAAAGUAGCGAUGGUUGGAAGCUGGAGGGCUGGACCAAGGAAUGCCUUUUUUGAUGCGCUCUGCAAAGCUGUUGGUAGAACAAACAUUAUAGCAGAAGACCUGGGGGUGAUAACUGAAGAUGUUGUUGAGCUAAGGAAGUCUAUUGGGGCUCCUGGAAUGGCAGUUCUUCAGUUUGCUUUUGGCGGUGGCCCUGGUAACCCCCACUUGCCUCAUAACCAUGAAUUGAAUCAAGUUGUAUACACUGGGACACAUGAUAAUGAUACAGUCGUUGGCUGGUGGCGAACUUUACCGGAGGAAGAAAAGCUCACCGUGCUCAAGUAUCUACCUGAGGUCGGCAAGUCGGAUGUUUCGUGGGCACUAAUUUCUACUGCCCUGUCUUCUGUUGCGAGGACUUGUAUGGUACCCAUGCAGGACAUACUUGGCCUUGACAGUUCUGCUAGGAUGAACACUCCAGCUACACAGAAAGGAAACUGGAGAUGGAGGAUACCGAGCUGUGUGAGCUUUGACAGCCUUAGCUCUGAAGCAGCACAGCUGAAGGAGUUGCUUGCCAUGUACAACCGGAUGUAAAGCUCAUCUCCAGUACUACUCUUCUGUUCUCUGUGGCCUGAGGCUUCGAGCGCAGCCAAACCUGAAUGAUUUGGUUGCUACUGUUCCAUGAGAUCUUGGCACCUGUCCCCAAAUAAUAGGGUUGCCUUGAUGGGUUGCAAAUUAGCAUGCUUGAACUAGAAACCUCUUGCAUGUUCACAAUUUGCUAUAGUCAUGCUAUAUUUGUUAAAAAAAAAUGGUAGUCCGAAAUGUUCUGGUUUCGUGUAUGUAUAUAUAUACUCUGGGUUUUCAUAUCCAUAACUUAUGAGUCUUUGAAACUCUUAACAAAUAACAACCGGGAUAUGUGUUAUCAAUUUCUGUUUUCACCUGUUUUC